AUGGCGAUAGAUUUCCAUGAUCGUCAGAGUGGGUUCCGCCACAGGGAGGUGAUAAGGUUCAUCAACAGUGAGAUUAUCAUGAAUGAUGGCGGCCCCGAAUUUUAUGUGGCCUUCCGCUCGCAGCCCUGGACAGAAGUGGAGGACCGACUUAGUACCGUUGUGGUAGACUCGCAGGUGCCCCGCACCAUCAAGAGGGCCUGUGCUUGGAGUGCGCUGGCCCUGAGUGUGCGUGCGACCGCUAGGCAGUGGGAGCAGCAGGCACGCCAGGUGCUGAGUAUGCAGGAGAAGAUGGAGGGGCAAGAAGAGUUGUCUUUGGCGAAGACCGCAGAGCUGCAGCGACUGCGUGAGGAACACGAGGAGGCCAAGAAGCGGCUGUAUUCCACACGGGCUGCCCUGGAGCAGGCCCUGAGUAAACGCAACAUACUGCAUGGGCAGCUGCUCCAGACAGAGAGAUCGACCCAAGGGGUCCCACUACCCUUGGAUACAGUACCUCAGCCCCAAGCCCAGCCGCAGGGGGCCGAAGCGUGGACCCUGAAUGCAGACCAGUAUGGAAAUACUAUUGCCAUGGGGGCACAAGGCUGGCUGCAUGGGGAAUCUCCCAUGGUAGGCACAGCACCUAUGGCCUACAUGCCCAGUCCACCGAAUCCUUUCACCCCAGUAAUUCAACACCCUUUGCCAAUGCCAGGGCCACAGCCAUUCCCAUUCCAUGUACCACACCCAGUGGCUCCUGUAGUAGUCACGGGAGCAGAAUCGACAGCAACCCCACUUCAGAUGCCACCUCAAGGGCUAUACCAACCUCACCUAUAUGCUCUGAUGGACUUUCAGGCACACACGCCUCCUCUGUGGAACCAGAGUUACUAUGGCCAGGGGGAAUGUCUUUACACCCCCCACGGCACGGCUCCCCUGGGAAACAGCAAGUUUAACAGUCAGGAAGAAAGUCCAAAGAGGUUCCAGGAGACAGCCCCCCUGGGGAACAAUAGUAGCCUCCAUCAGGAGGAAGGUCCAGGGAGGUCCCAGAAGACAGAGCCCUUGGGGGACAGCAAAAGCCAUGAUGUGAGAGACAGCCCAAAGAAACAGAAGCCUCAGGGGCAAAAGGCCGAGCCACCAAAUGGGAAAAAAGCCUCAGAAUCCCAACAGUGGGAGAAGCCUGCCCAUGGCAGCAGUACAGCCAUUUGGAAGUGCCAGUCAUGUGGAUGGAAGAAUUUUUCAUGGCGCACGGCCUGCUAUAAAUGCAAGGAAGUCUACAGAACAGAUGACAGCGGAGACCUUGACCCAGGACAAGCUCCUCACUGA